GUCCGCGCGGGGAUGGCGAGGGGGCUCCGCCCCGGCCCCGUUCGGCGCAGCCCCGGCCCCGGGAGGCGGCGGCGGUUCCCGGUCCCGGAGGCGGAGCCAGUGGCCGGCGCGGUGCCGCGGGCUCCGGAGUCACAUCCUGCAAAGGCAGGAGCGAGGGCGGCGGCGGGACCGGGACCGAGAGAACAGCGAGAGCGGGGCCGGGCGGCGCCGGAGCCGCAUCGCCGGGGCCGCCCCCGCUCCGCCGCCCGAGGAUGUGGUGGGACGAGCGGGUGUCGGCGCGGUUCCGGAGGAACCUGCAGCCCACCCUCACUUAUUGGAGCGUUUUCUUCAGCUUCGGCCUCUGCAUCGCGUUCUUGGGGCCCACGCUGCUGGACCUGCGCUGCCAGACCCAGAGCUCCCUCUCCCAGAUCACCUGGGUGUUCUUCUCGCAGCAGUUCUGCCUCCUGCUCGGCAGCUGCCUCGGAGGGGUCUUCAAGAGGACGUUGGCUCAGUCCUUGUUUGCACUCUUCGCCUCGUCGCUGGCCAUCUCCGUAGUCUUUGCCAUCAUCCCCCUGUGCCACAAUGUGGUGGUCCUGGCUGUGGUCAUGGCUGUGGCAGGACUGGCCAUGGGUUGCAUUGACACCAUCUCCAACAUGCAGCUGGUGAAGAUCUACCAGAAGGACUCAGCUAUAUUCCUGCAGGCCCUUCAUUUCUUCGUGGGCUUUGGAGCACUGCUCAGCCCACUGAUCGCUGACCCCUUCCUCUCAGACACCAACUGCAUCCUCUCCAACUCCACGGCCAAUGCCUCCAGCAACCUUCCACAUAUCCGCAAGUCCCUGGUCCCACACCACCCGGGCAACCUGUCCCAUUACGACCUGCCGAUGAAAGGCAUGGUGGUCACACGCGUCUCCUACGCCUUCUGGAUCAUGGCCCUCAUCAACCUGCCGGUGCCCAUCGCGGUGUUUUUCUUGCUCUACAAGGAGCGGAUGGUGCCGUGUUUCAGCAGCAGCAGCCACCCACUGCUGUCGGCUGACGAGCUGGCGAUGGAGACGCGGCCCCCGGAGAAGGACGAUCUCUCCACCAGCACCCAGAGACCCCUGGCAGCAGGAGGUCAUGAUGACUUAUUUAGCUGCUGCCAAAGCAAAAACUUCAGAGGGGCUUCUUACACCUACUUCGCAGUCCACAUCACUGGGGCUCUUGUUCUCUUCAUGACUGAUGGGAUUGUGGGAGAGUACUCAGGCUUCAUUUACAGCUACGCGGUGGAGGAGCCUCUCUCCGUAGUCCAUAAGGUGGCCGGUUACCUGCCCAGCCUCUUCUGGGGGUUCAUCACGCUGGGCAGGCUCAUCUCCAUCCCCGUGUCCUACCGCAUGAAGCCAGCGACCAUGGUCUUCAUCAACGUGGUUGGAGUCCUGAUAACCUUCCUCCUGCUCUUGAUUUUCUCCUACAGCGUCGUCUUCUUGUUUGUGGGGACAGCGUCUCUGGGGCUGUUCCUCAGCAGCACGUUCCCCAGCAUGCUGGCCUACACUGAGGACAUCCUGCAGUACCGAGGUUGUGCCACAACCGUGUUGGUGACGGGCGCUGGGAUCGGAGAGAUGGUCCUGCAGUUACUGGUGGGAUCGAUUAUCCAUGAUCAGGGCAGCUACAGUUUCCUGGUCUGCGGGAUGAUCUUUGGAGGCUUGGCCUUUACCUUCUACGCUUUCCUCUUGUUUUUCCACAGGAUGUACCCCAAGCCCUCGGCAGAUCUGGAUGAUGCUUCACCCAACAAACCAGCAGUAACAGAUGUCACUGGACAGUAUCAGCGUUAAAGAAGUGGCCGAGCCCUGGACAAGCAAUAAACCAACACACAAUUCAGCGUUACUGUUAAGGAUGAUUUCACAUUUAAUGACUGAAUCACGCAACUUUUCUGCAAUCAAAAGCACAGUUGAUUGGGUAAGUGAGAAUCAAGAAGACAUCCUAAAACUCUGCCUCAAGCUGAGCAAAACUUUGACCAAAAAGAGACUGUAAGAGUUGGACUGAGCGUGUCUGAAAGGCUCCGGUCCAUGGCAGGGGUGCUGGGUGAACAGUUAUUCCUGCAAAUGAACUUUCUUACCAAUUCAGGACGCAGGGUGGGAAGGAAGAGCUGCUCUAUGUGAUGCUGAACAUCUCCCCCCUCAGCCAUUGAACUCAACAGAUUUUUCUUUUGGCCCGUAAAGUACAGAAGCCCCUACGAUUUACGGCACAAUACUGGACUUGAAUCAGUUUGGGUGCAUCAAGUAGAUGUCUCAAUUGUCCAAUUCCAAAGGGGUAAAACCCACACCAAAUGCACAGUGGUAGCAGGACCUCUCUCUAUUUGCACAGCUGAUUAUCGUAUAUCACUAAGACAGUGUCUUAUUCAGCAUGCUAUGGCCUCUUAUUAAAAUCAUUAGCUUGAUUUUUUUUUUUCCUUUUUCAAGUCAAGAAUGAGUUGUGAUGGUUUGUUUUGCUUUAAGUCACUAGUUCAGCUGCUCCACUCGCAGUGUCUUUUAGGGUGGUUUUAUUUCUAGCUUCCAGUCGAAGCUCAAACAGAGGUAUUUGGGAGCCAGCCUCCAGCUGCUUAAUCUGUGCAAUACUUGUUAUUAUUAUUAACAACAGGUGCCUUCCGUAAGGUACUUUCAUACCCCACGCAUGACCUGUUACAAGCUCUGAAGAAAGGACCGGCUUUAGAAGAGCGUCAAGCUGCACACCUGUUUCUCCAAUGAGUGAUUGGACAUGUCCUUCUUGCUUUAACUGCUGUAUGUGGAUGUACAUAUGUACGUGUGUAUAUAAAGCGGUGUUUAAUUAAAGGUGAUUGAUUGCUACGUU